AUGAUUGUAAUGAGGCGACACUUUCUUAGAUUACUUAGACUACGGAACCUACUUACCAUAACUGUUUUGGUCAUAAUAUUGUAUAUAGUGAAGACAUUUAGUGAUAUAAACCGAGUAAAUGAUGCUCUCACAGAGAAAGGAGCACUCACAAAGAACAAAGAACCUGAAAGAGAAUAUUUUGUUCCGAGGAGUCUUAAGAAAAUCGACUGGCACAACUAUAAACAAAUCGACUAUGAAAGGAGAAGGGAGGGCAUCGGGGAGCAAGGUCUACCGGCGAAGCUUCCCCUGUCCGACGCCCAGUUGGAGGAGCAGCUGUACUCGGUGAACGGUUUCAACGGCGCCCUCAGCGACAGGAUCCCCCUGAACCGUUCCCUGCCGGACAUAAGGCACAAAGGGUGCAGGGAGCGGCUGUAUAUAGAGUCCCUGCCGACUGUGAGCGUAGUGGUCCCCUUCCACAACGAGCACUGGAGCACCCUGCUACGGACUGCGCACAGCGUCCUCAACAGAUCGCCCGAGUUCCUGAUAAAGGAGGUGUUCUUGGUGGACGACGCCAGCACCAAAGAGUUCCUCAAGCAGAAAUUGGAGGACUACCUGGAGAAGCAUUUGCCCAAGGUCAAAGUGCUCAGGCUGGCCCAGAGGAGCGGCCUGAUAGCCGCCCGCUUGGCCGGCGCCCGGAAAGCGACGGCCGACGUCCUGGUAUUCCUGGACUCGCACACAGAGGCCAACGUUAACUGGUUACCACCGCUGUUGGAGCCGAUCGCGCUCGACCACCGCACCGCCGUGUGCCCGUUCAUCGACGUGGUGGCGUUCGACACGUUCGAGUACCGCGCCCAGGACGAGGGCGCGCGCGGCGCCUUCGACUGGGAGCUCUUCUACAAGCGGCUGCCGCUCCUGCCGGAGGACGAGCGCCGGAUGCCGGAGCCCUUCCCGAGUCCAGUAAUGGCGGGUGGUCUAUUCGCGAUAUCGCGGCAUUUCUUCUGGGAGCUGGGCGGCUACGACCCCGGCCUGGACAUCUGGGGCGGGGAGCAGUACGAGCUCAGCUUCAAGAUCUGGCAGUGCGGUGGUCGCAUGCUGGACGCGCCUUGCUCCCGCGUGGGCCACAUCUACCGCAAGUUCGCGCCCUUCCCCAACCCGGGGCACGGCGAUUUCGUCGGCCGGAACUACCGCCGCGUGGCCGAGGUGUGGAUGGACGGGUACGCGCAGCACCUGUACCGGCGGCGGCCCCACUACCGCGCCAUCGACCCCGGCGACCUGGCGGAGCAGCGCGCGCUGCGCGAACGGCUGCGCUGCAGGCCCUUCCGCUGGUUCAUCACGCAGAUAGCGUUUGACCUCACUGCGAAGUAUCCCCCUGUCGAGCCGGAGCCUUUUGCUGAGGGAAGGAUAAGGCCUGAGCCAUACCCGCAGCUGUGCGCGGACAUGCGUCGCGGCGAGCAGGGCGACCAGCUCAAGCUGACCCCCUGCGAGCUCUCUGCCGCCACCGAGCAGCAGUUCCAGCUCUCUUGGCACAAGGACAUCAGGUCCAAGGACAGGAACAUGUGCUGGGACGUGCCCGACUCCAGGCCUCGGAAGCCCGUGGUGCUCUACUCCUGCCACCUGGGCGGCGGCAACCAGCUCUGGCGGUACCAUCCGGAUACUAAGCAGCUCAAGCAUGGUGGCAACGAUAAUUGCCUGGAGUGGGACAAGCCCAGCAGUAAGGUGUUCAUCAACCGAUGCGGCGACGCACCUUCCCAGCGCUGGGACGUGGAAAAAGUCAACACCGCUGCGAUGGAAAAGUGGGACAAGACCCUCCUAAGGGUCACCGGACCCAUAGAGGACUACCCC